AUGAGGGUGAAAAAGCAGAAGCGCCACCGGAGGGCCGUCCGAUUCUACACGGCCUGCUUUGGAUUCCGGGAGCCGUUCAAAAUCCUGUGCGAUGGCACUUUCGUGCACCACCUUUUGGCCAAUAGGAUCACACCUGCUGAUACUGCGUUGGCGAACACUCUCGGGGCCGCCGUCAAACUGUUCACCACCAGAUGUGUUCUUGCUGAAUUGAGAAGCUUGGGCAAGUCUUAUUCCGAUUCGUUAAAUGCUGCUCGAAAUCUGAUGACGGCGAGAUGUGACCAUGAGAAGCGAAAAAGUGCUGUAGCAUGCAUGACACAAGUUAUUGGUGAAAAAAACUUGGAGCACUUCUUUGUUGCCACGCAGGACGCCGAGCUUAGGAAGAAGUUUCAAGAGAUUCCAGGUGUUCCUGUGAUAUACGGCCUUAGGAAUGCUCUCUUUUUGGAACGCCCGUCUACAUUUCAGCAUGAGUUUGCAAAGGCCUCUGAAGAAGAACGUUCACAUAUGACUGAUUUGGAGUACAAAAUGCUGAAGCUCAAGAAAAGGAAGGUGGCUACUGAUGAAGUAGGAUGCUCUUCUGAUGCAAAUGAGGAUCUCAAGGAAAUUACAAGGAAAACGAUAGAUACAAGGGACAAAGUUCAGUUCAAGCGAAAGAGAGCUAAGGGCCCGAAUCCUCUGUCAUGCAAAAAGAAAAAGACCCAAGGAAAUACAGUCCCAACGGCUGAAUUGAGGAAGGAAAAUGUCGAUAGCAGCACGACGAAGAGGAGCAGGAAACGUAGGAGGUCAAAGAAAAACAAAAUCACUACCGAGCCUAUUGCUGGAUGA